AUGGCUUCAUUUGGGAAGGCCUGUUUCUCUAUUGAUUGUCUUCCUUUGCCUUGCAGGGGCGAGUCAGGAGCUGGUAAGACGGAAAACACCAAGAAGGUCAUCCAGUACCUCGCACAUGUUGCUUCCUCCCACAAAGGAAGAAGAGACCACAACAUUCCUCCUGAAUCCCCCAAACCAGUGAAGCUACAGAGUGGACCCCUGUUUUAUGGUGAACUGGAACGCCAGCUUCUUCAGGCCAACCCCAUCCUGGAGUCCUUUGGCAACGCAAAGACUGUGAAGAACGACAACUCGUCGCGUUUUGGGAAAUUCAUCCGCAUUAACUUUGAUGUUGCUGGAUACAUCGUGGGAGCCAACAUAGAAACCUACCUGUUGGAGAAAUCCAGAGCUAUCCGUCAAGCCAAAGAUGAGCGCACCUUCCACAUAUUUUACCAGCUGCUGGCAGGAGCUGGCGAGCACCUCAAAUCUGAUCUACUUUUGGAAGGAUUCAACAGCUACAGGUUCCUGUCGAACGGGAACAUCCCGAUUCCAGGCCAGCAGGACAAAGACAACUUCCAUGAAACCAUGGAAGCGAUGCACAUCAUGAGCUUCGCACACGAAGAGAUCCUGGCUAUGUUGAGGGUGGUUUCCUCAGUGCUGCAGUUUGGUAACAUCAUCUUCAAGAAGGAAAGGAACACCGAUCAAGCUUCCAUGCCUGAUAAUACCGCUGCUCAGAAGCUUUGCCAUCUGCUGGGGAUGAAUGUGAUGGAGUUCACCAGAGCCAUCCUGACGCCGAGAAUCAAAGUGGGAAGAGAUUAUGUCCAGAAAGCCCAGACCAAGGAACAGGCUGACUUUGCUGUGGAGGCCCUGGCUAAGGCAACCUAUGAGCGCCUGUUCCGCUGGUUGGUUCAUCGUAUCAACAAAGCUCUGGACAGAACCAAACGGCAGGGGGCCUCCUUCAUUGGUAUCUUGGACAUAGCUGGUUUCGAAAUAUUCCAGCUGAACUCCUUUGAGCAGCUCUGCAUCAACUACACCAACGAGAAGCUGCAGCAGCUCUUCAACCACACCAUGUUCAUCCUGGAGCAGGAGGAGUACCAGAGGGAGGGCAUCGAGUGGAGCUUCAUCGACUUCGGCUUGGACCUGCAGCCCUGCAUCGACCUCAUUGAGCGGCCGGCGAACCCUCCAGGAGUGCUGGCUCUGUUGGACGAGGAGUGCUGGUUCCCUAAGGCUACAGACAAGACCUUCGUGGACAAACUGAUCCAGGAGCAGGGAACGCACACAAAGUUCCAGAGACCCCGUCAGCUCAAAGACAAGGCCGACUUCUGCAUCAUCCACUACGCCGGCAGGGUUGACUACAAGGCAGAUGAGUGGCUGAUGAAGAACAUGGAUCCUCUCAAUGACAACGUGGCGACUCUUCUCCAUCAGUCAACAGACAAGUUUGUGGCAGAGCUUUGGAAAGAUGUGGACCGAAUCGUGGGCCUGGACCAGGUGGCCGGGAUGAACGAAACAGCAUUUGGUGCCACCUACAAAACCAAAAAGGGCAUGUUCCGUACAGUGGGGCAGCUCUACAAAGAGUCGCUCACCAAGCUGAUGGCAACACUGAGAAACACCAACCCCAACUUUGUCCGCUGCAUCAUCCCCAACCAUGAGAAAAGAGCUGGAAAACUUGAGCCUCACCUCGUUCUGGACCAGCUGAGGUGUAACGGAGUCUUGGAGGGAAUUCGGAUCUGCAGACAGGGCUUCCCAAACCGCAUCAUCUUCCAAGAGUUCAGGCAGAGAUAUGAGAUUCUUACACCCAACGCGAUCCCAAAGGGAUUCAUGGAUGGAAAACAAGCCUGUGAGAGAAUGAUUCAAGCCCUAGAACUGGACCCCAACCUGUUCCGUAUCGGUCAGAGUAAGAUCUUCUUCAGAGCUGGUGUCCUGGCCCAUCUGGAGGAGGAGAGAGACCUGAAGAUCACAGACAUCAUCAUUUACUUCCAGUCCGUCUGCCGUGGAUACUUGGCUCGCAAAGCUUUUGCCAAGAAGCAGCAGCAGCUGAGUGCUCUGAAGGUCCUGCAGAGGAACUGUGCUGCUUACCUCAAGCUGAGACACUGGCAGUGGUGGAGGCUCUUCACCAAGGUGAAACCGCUGCUUCAGGUCACCAGGCAAGAGGAGGAGCUGCAGGCCAAAGACGAGGAGCUGGUGAAGGUGAAGGAGAGGCAGCUCAAGGUGGAGAACGAGCUGGUGGAGAUGGAAAGGAAACACCAGCAGCUCCUUGAGGAGAAGAACAUCCUAGCAGAGCAGCUCCACGCAGAGACAGAACUGUUCGCAGAGGCCGAAGAGAUGAGAGUCCGACUCCUCUCUCGGAAGCAAGAGCUCGAGGAAAUCCUCCACGACCUGGAAUCCAGGGUGGAGGAAGAGGAGGAGAGGAACCAGAACCUGCAGAACGAGAAGAAGAAGAUGCAGUCCCACAUCCAGGAUUUGGAGGAGCAGCUAGAUGAGGAGGAAGCUGCAAGACAGAAGCUGCAGCUGGAUAAGGUGACGGCCGAAGCAAAGAUCAAGAAGAUGGAGGAGGACAUCCUGCUGCUGGAAGACCAAAACUCAAAGUUCCUCAAGAAAGGUCAGAUUUUUAUAUUUCUGUACCGGUUGAAUUUGACGCUGAUAACUUGUUUUCUUCUAACCAGAAGCGACGAGGAAGCGGCACAGAAGAACAACGCCUUGAAGCAGGUGAGGGAGCUGCAGGCACAGCUGGCUGAGCUACAGGAGGACCUGGAGUCGGAGAGGAUUUGUCGAAGCAAAGCUGAGAAGCUGAAGAGGGAUCUGAGUGAGGAGCUGGAGGCUCUGAAGACGGAGCUGGAGGACACCCUGGACACCACCGCUGCCCAGCAGGAACUCAGGUCAAAGCGAGAGCAGGAGGUGGCAGAGCUGAAGAAAGCCAUCGAAGAAGAGUCCAAAAACCAUGAGGCUCAGAUCCAGGACAUGAGGCAGCGGCACGCCCAGGUCCUGGAGGAACUGUCUGACCAGCUGGAGCAGGCCAGGAGGUUCAAAGCCAACCUGGAGAAGAACAAGCAGUGUCUGGAGAGCGACAACAAGGAGCUGGCCUGCGAAGUGAAGAGCCUCCAACAGACGAAGACGGAGUCGGAGUACAAGCGAAAGAAAGUGGAGGCGCAGCUGCAGGAGUUUAUGGCCAGAGCCACUGAGAUGGAGCGCGCCAAAGGAGAGCUGAGCGAGCGCUCCCUCAGACUGCAGACGGAGCUGGACAACGUUUCCUGCUUACUGGAGGAGGCCGAGAAAAAGAGCGUCAAGCUGGCGAAAGAAGUGGAGACUCUGAACGGCAAACUGCAGGACUCUGAGGAGUUGCUGCAAGAAGAAACUCGUCAGAAGCUCAACCUGAGCGGCCAGAUCCGUCAACUGGAGGCAGACAAGAACAACUUGCUGGAGCAGCAGGAGGAGGACGAGGAAGCUCGACGCGGUCUGGAGAAACAGCUGCAGACGGUUCAGGCUCAGCUGUUCGAGACCAAGAAAAAGCUGGAUGAGGAUGUGGGAGUCAUCGAGGGUCUGGAGGAGGCCAAGAGGAAACUCCAGAAGGACAUGGAGCUCAGCAACCAGCGUCUGGAGGAGAAAAGCAUGGCCUUGGACAAGAUGGAGAAGACCAAGAACAGACUGCAGCAAGAGCUGGACGACCAGAUGGUGGAUCUGGACCACCAGAGGCAGAUCGUCUCCAACCUGGAGAAGAAGCAGAAAAAGUUUGACCAGAUGCUGGCUGAGGAGAAGACCAUCUCUGCUCGCUACGCUGAGGAGCGCGACCGGGCCGAGGCGGAGGCCCGAGAGAAGGAGACCAAGGCUCUGUCUUUGGCCAAAGCUCUGGAGGAGGCCUUAGAGGCCAAAGAGGAGCUGGAGAGGUUUAACAAGCAGCUCCGCACUGAAAUGGAGGAUCUGAUGAGCUCCAAAGACGACGUGGGAAAGAAUGUCCAUGAACUGGAAAAGUCCAAGCGAACCCUGGAGCAACAGGUGGCGGAGAUGAGAACGCAGCUGGAGGAGCUGGAGGACGAGCUGCAGGCCACGGAGGACGCUAAGCUACGUCUGGAGGUCAACAUGCAGGCCAUGAAGGCCCAGUUCGAUCGAGACCUGCAGUCUAAGGACGAGCAGGGAGAGGAGAUGAAGAGAGCGCUGGUGAAACAGGUGCGAGAAAUGGAGGCUGAGCUGGAGGAUGAGAGGAAGCAGAGAUCUGUGGCUGUCGCUGCCAAGAAGAAGCUGGAGGUGGACCUGAACGAGCUGGAGGGUCAGAUUGAAGCUGCCAACAAAGGCAGGGAUGAAGCCAUCAAACAGCUGAAGAAGCUGCAGGUACUCAGAGCAAAGCUGCAGAUCUUUAGUAGCCUCAUGAGAGAGCUAAAAGCUAAGCUGGCCGAACUAGAAGGAGCUGUAAAGUCAAAGUUUAAGGCGUCCAUCGCUGCUCUGGAGGCCAAGAUCCUGCAGCUGGAGGAGCAGCUGGAGCAGGAAGCCAAGGAGAGAGCGGCCGCCAACAAAGUCGUCAGACGUACCGAGAAGAAGCUGAAGGAAGUGAUGAUGCAGGUGGAGGAUGAACGUCGUCACGCCGACCAGUUUAAGGAACAGAUGGAGAAGGCCAACUCUCGUAUGAAGCAGCUGAAGCGUCAGCUGGAGGAGGCCGAAGAGGAGGCCACAAGAGCCAACGCCUCCCGCAGGAAGCUGCAGAGGGAGCUGGACGACGCCACGGAGGCCAGCGAAGGUCUCACCAGAGAGGUCAACUCCUUAAAGAACCGCCUCAGGCGUGGCGGCCCCGUCGGCAGCUUCUCCUCCAACCGUUCCGGACGCCGCAAUCUCAACCUGGACGGCGCUUCAGGAGACAUGUCUGAUGACGACGCUGACAGCCGUGCCAACGACUUCAACGACACGCAGACUUUCAACGCCGAGUAAACCCACUUUUACCUCCACCUUCCUCGCUAAGCCCCGCCCCACACCCCCAUUCCCACCGUCCCCACAGUC